AUGAGUGAUAACAAACAAGUUAAGGAUCUCUCAACAAAAGAGCUCUUAGAUCUGUUAAAGGCCGCUAAUAUUGAGCAAACUCAGGAGAUUAAACAAGAGCUGAGGCAAAAAAUUGAUGGGGUUGUAAGUACGGUGGCUGAGCAUCAGUCCAAAAUCACCAAAUUGGAGAAUAAAGUAUUGUCUCUUGAUAGGAAAUCUCGACGAAAUAAUAUAGCUGUUUGGGGAUUGAAACUAGCAGACAAUUCAGAUGUACUAAAAGUAACUCUUACUAAAUUAAAUUCGUUGUUAGGGACCAAUAUUUCAGAGGGAGAUAUAAACAACGUUUUUAUUAAUAAAGCCUCCAAUUCGGCGCCAGUUAUCUUAGAGUUUGUGUCUAACUUAAAAAAGCGUUACAUUUAUAGCUUAGUUGGUAAACUCAAAAACAGUGGCAUAUCCAUAUCGCAUGACAGUAGCUUCGAGGAUAGACAGAAGCAAAAAGUUUUAGUUAAACAUCUUCGUGAAGCUAAAGAGCAAAAGCUUGAUGCAAAAAUAAAAAACGGCAAGCUAGAGAUUGGCGAAGAUAGCUAUUCGGUGGAGGAGCUUUUAGAAUUGGAAAAGGAAGCAGACAGCGAUUCUGAUUCAUCUGAUAAAGAGCAAAACCCAAACAGUGGUGGUGAAGUUACCAGUACCCCUGGAGAAGUUUCAAAAUCUAUAAAACGCAAGCGCCGGAGCAUCGUUUACAGCCCAAAAAAGACCAGAAGCACAGUCAAUAAAGAUUGA